CAAACAGUGAACAUCUCGCGAGAUUUCGUAGUGCCUGAGAAGAGAAGUACGCUUCUUCAGCAACCAGCUUUGUCCAUUCUUGCACAGGCACGGUAAAAUGGCGUCAGCUCCGGAUUACAGCUCCUACAACCAGAGCAGCGCUCAGCAGGGGUAUGCUGCUUAUGCUGCCCAACCUUCUCAGAACUAUGGACAGACUGCUCAGCAAAGCUAUGGUCAACAGAAUUAUGGAUCAUAUGCCCAAUCUGCUGCUCCUGAAAACAGUUACACCCAGGCAGCGCCUGCAGCUGGAGGCUACCCUCAACAGCAACAGCAAUAUGGAUCUUCAUAUGGCCAGCCAGCAUCAGCUGGCUAUCCUGCCUCCCAGUCUGCAACACACAGCUACUCACAGUCAACCCAGGGUUAUGGUGCCAGUGGUUACGAUAGUACCCCUACGGCUGCGGCGGCUGCUGCUCCAGCUGCUUCCCAGUCAUACAGCUCUCAGCCUGGGUAUACUGCCCAGUCUGCAUACCCUGGUUAUGGCCAGCAGGCUGCUCCCACUGCACCACAGAGUUACAAUUCAAACAGCCAGCCAACUAGCUACAACCAAAAUAGCUACUCCCAGCCAGUAGGAUAUGGUCAACAACAACCUGGUUACCAGGCCCAGCAGCCAAGCUAUAGCCAGCAGCAGGGAUACCAGCAGCAGACCCAGCAGCAGCAACAGGCUCCUCCUGCUUACCCUCCUCAGGCUGCUGGUUCUUAUGGGCAACCUCCAGCCAACCAAUAUGGCCAGCAAGGUGGACCGCCCAGUUACAGCCAAUCUAACCAUUACAAUAAUUACAGACAGGAUGGACAGGGUGGAGGUUCUGGUUACUCUGGUUCUGAACCUUCAAGAUAUCCAGGGGCAGGUGAUAGGGGCCCUGGCAGGGAUGGCUUUGAUCGUGGUGGAAUGAUGCAUCGUGGGCGUGGAGGCAUGGUCCGUGGCAUGGGCGGCGCGGGAGACAGAGGUGGCUUCAGUAAGCCUGGUGGACCGAUGGGUGGUGAUGACCGCGAUAUGGGGCGCCCCGAGGAGCAGGAUGACUCUGAGAACAGCACGAUUUACAUCACAGGGUUGACUGAAAAGGCUAACCUUGAGGAAAUGGCUGAAUUCUUUAAAGAUGUUGGACCAAUCAGGAUGAACCGCAGACUUGGCCAGCCUGCUAUCAAUAUAUACACAGAUAAGGACACAGGAAAGCCCAAGGGAGAUGCAACUCUGUCUUAUGAGGAGCCAGUUUGUGCGAAAGCAGCUGUGGAACAUUUUGAUGGAAAGGAGUUCCAAGGAAGAAGACUUAAGGUGUCCAUGGCGCGUCGAAAGCCCAUGAUGGGAGGAAUGAGAGGUGGCAUGCCAAUGCGAGAUGGCAUGAUGGGUCGUGGAGCAUCACUGAUCCUGGAGGUGCUUGGCUCUGAAAGCAACCAUGGGAGCCAUGAGAAACAAUACCCACCAUGGAAGCAAAGGUUGGAAGCAAAAAUCAAGGCAGCUCGGAGGGAAGUGAGCCAAAUCACAGAGGCCGAGAGAGGUGCAAUGAAAAGACCGAUGCCCAAGAGGUACAGCCAGAUGCCCAUACCUGAAGCACUCGAAACUGCCAAGCAAAGGCUACAAGCCUUGGCCAGCCGCUUAAAGAGAUACACCAGUGAUAACGAAGCCAGACGAAUAAACCAGUUGGUCACAACACAACCUGCGAAAGUGUACUCUCAAUGGCAGGGUAUGAUGGGCCGUGGAGGUGACCGUGGUUUUGGUCCACGGGGUGGUCCCCGUGGCAUGGGCAGAGGUGGACCCACAGGAGGCAACAUGCAGCAAAGAGCUGGGGACUGGGAGUGUCCUAACCCGGGUUGUGGAAACCAGAAUUUUGCCUGGAGGAUGGAGUGUAACCAAUGCAAAGCUCCAAAACCAGAGGGGUUAGGUGGUGGCCCUCCAUUCCCUUCUGGAGGUGACCGCGGCAGGGGUGGAAUGGGAAUGCGUGGCGGCAGAGGUAUGGAUCGCGGGGGCCCUGCAGGAGUUGGAGGCCCAGGUGGCCCUGGAGGUUUCCGUGGAGGCUGGGGAGGUGACCGUGGUGGAUUCAGAGGGCGCGGUGGAAUGGAUCGAGGAGGGUUCCGGGGGGCCGGACGUGGAGGACCACCUAUGGAUCGAAUGGGUGGCAGAGGUGGAAGAGGAAUGGGUCCGCCUGGUGGGAAGAUGGAUAUGAGGGAGCAUCGCCAAGAUCGCAGAGACCGGCCCUACUGAAGAGCUUAACAGUUCCUCUUAUGGAAUUUGAUUUUUAAGAGAAUUUUUAAUUUAUGAUUCCAUAUUUCAAUAUAAACCUGCUUUUUACAUCCUGUGCAGACUCGUUAAACCCAUGUUUCCUUUAUAUUUUUUUAGUUAACCCGUGUUUCUUAUGCAUCUUGUAUUGUGCAUGUUUUUGUUUUUUUUUGGUUAUUUUAAAUAAGCUCAUUAGGUUUGACCUUGUAUUGUGAAAUGUACUAUUUCAUUCGUUAACAUAAUUGCCUCCACUUCCCAUUACUGAUGUUUGUACAAUGACAAAUUUGGGGAAAAUAAAAUUUUACUCAUUGAA